AGAGGGCUUGGUUCUGCGAGUCGCGGAUGAUCCACAUCCAGCCACACUGCGACUGGACGCGGAGACGCAGGAGGUGUCUCAGGAGCAUCAUAUCGGCUGAUCUUAUGUUGGACUCACUCGUUUUACUCUAGUUACUCGGUCGACUGAAAACAACAGCAAAGGGAGGACAACAAAAAUGGGACAAUCCUCAAUUCCAAUUUUGCUGGCCGUGCUGUCUUUGUACGCAAAGGGAAACGUCGAGGCCCUGUCAAUGAGCGAAGUGAAUGGCCCCAGCCCCCAGGUGGCAGAACCGCAGAUUGCAAUGUUCUGUGGCCGUCAGCUCUUGCACAUGAACCCGCAGACGGGCCAGUGGGAGCCGGACCCUCAAGGCCGCAAGGACUGCUUCAAAGAUCCCAGUGAAAUUCUCUCCUACUGUCAGGAGAUGUACCCAGCGCUUUCCAUCUCCCACGUAGAGGAGGCAAAAAGUCCUGUGAACAUCCCUUACUGGUGUAAGAAAGGAUGGAGCCACUGCCAGGCACGCCCCUUCAUAGUGGUGCCCUAUCGCUGCCUAGAAGGUGAGUACGUAAGCGAGGCCCUGCUGGUUCCAGACCGAUGCCGUUUCCUCCACCAGGAGAAGAUGGAUGCCUGCGAGAGUUACGUGUACUGGCACAACAUUGCGAAAGAGGCGUGCAUCGUAGACAAUCUGGAGCUCCACAGUUACGGAAUGCUUUUGCCGUGCGGAGAAAAUUUCCGCGGGGUGGAGUAUGUAUGCUGCCCAGGUCGAAGCAGCACCAGCGGUAAGGCCGAAUUGGAGGAAAGAGAACUCCUCACUGGCCACCAGAUCUCGCAGAAUCACGGAAUACUUAAUCCUGUUGCGAAAGUGAUUGAACCCACUCCGAGCCCCUCCCCCGACACCGACAUGUACGAGACCGACAUGGAGGAUGAAGAUGACGAGGUGGUGGAGGAAGACGAAGAGGAGGUGGAUGAGGAUGAAGAGGAUGAGGUAGAUGAGGAGCCGGUGGAGGAGGAGGAUGAGGAGGAGCCCAUAGCAGUGAGAAACCCGGAGAAGUACGAAUACCCCAUCGACUCGGGCCCCUACCAGACGUCGGAUUAUCUGGAUUCGUCCUACUAUGACAAAAACUACAAAGCCACAACGUCACCACCUCCGAUGAAAGGAGACAGCGUGACAACCACUCGACCCACAGAUGGCGUAGAUGUUUAUUUCGAGAAGCCGGUGGACGACACGGAGCAUGCCAACUUCCUGCGUGCCAAAACAGACCUGGAGGACCGGCGAACGAAGCGCAUCAAUGAGAUCAUGAAGGAGUGGGCGGAGGCAGACAACGAGUCAAAGAAUCUGCCAAAGUCAGAACAGCAAGCCCUAAAUGAGCACUUCCAGUCCGUGCUGCAGACGCUUGAGGAACAAGUGGCGGGCGAGAGGCAGAGGCUGGUGGAAACUCAUCUGGCCAGAGUGGAGUCCAUACUCAACAACAACCGCCGCCUGGCCCUGGAGAACUACCUGACCGCAGUCCAGUCUGACGAGCCACAGCCCGAGCGAGUGCUGCAGGCUCUCAAGCGCUACAUGGCGGCCGAGCAGAAGGACCGCAGACAUACGCUCAGGCACUACCAGCAUAUUGUGGCUGUAGACCCGCAGAAGGCUGAGCAGAUGAAAUUCCAGGUGUACACACAUCUUCAUGUUAUCGAGGAGAGGAUGAACCAGAGUCUGGCACUUCUCUACAAGGACCCUAUCUUGGCCGAGGAGCUCCACGAUGAUAUCCAAGAACUAGUACGGGCAGAGCGGGGCGACAUAAGCGAGCUCAUGACAACGUCCUUCUCUGAGACGCACACCACCGAGGAGCUUCUGCCAGCCGAGAGCGAGGAAGAGAAGGAUGACGAGGAAGAAGAGGAGCGAGAAUUCCAGAACAGGCCUUAUCCGCCCCGCGUUGACUUGCAAUCGAAUAAGAAAGGAGAUGAAUAUGACUACGCCCCAUCUGAGAAGGCUCCUACGUAUGAGUAUGAGGAAAAGAUCAACACCUCUGUGGAGCUCAAACAAGUCGUCUACAAGCCCGAUGAGAUCGAGCGAGAUGAACUGCAACCCGACGCCUUGGAGACAUUUAAUCGUGGAGCCAUGGUGGGCUUGCUGGUGGUGGCUGUGGCCAUCGCCAUGGUGAUGGUCAUUAGUCUGUUGCUGGUGCGCAGGAAGCCCUACGGCACCAUCAGCCACGGCAUCGUCGAGGUAGGACCCAAGGAGCGCAACUUGGUCCAGCGCAGACUUUCGCUAAGUCUACUUCUCCAACAGGUGGACCCCAUGCUGACCCCGGAGGAGCGACAGCUCACCAAAAUGCAAAACCACGGUUACGAAAAUCCCACUUACAAAUUCUUUGAGCAGAUGAACUGAAGUUGUAGCAAGUUGGUUCCGUCCCGUCGUCAUGGUGAUGCACCGACACACACACGCCUGUAUUGGAUUGAAAACAUUGAGAUUUCAUUAAUUAACUGGAUAAACUCAGUCUUUAGUCCAUACCAAUUGUAAAUGACCAAUUCCAUCAAUCAUCAUUAGCAAAAUGUGAAUAGUGAUUAUUACACUGCUGUAAUUUGCAUUCUGUAGAAAAAUUGAAACAAUCAUCACAGUGGCAUGACUUGACCUACUGACACACCACAAUCUGAAUGGUGCAUAAUGCUUUAGAAUAUUGUUUUUGUUUCAUAGUCGACUUUAUAUGAUCUCAUUGUGCAUCCAUGUAGAUGAGUGCGAUAGGCAAGCCCGUUCAUCCUCAUGUAGCAGCACAUACGACCAAUUCAAUUAGAUUUCCCUUCAAAACGUCCAAUGAGAUCAUAUAGAACAUAGAUAUUAUUUUAAAAGUAUAUUAUUUAUAUCCGAGUAUCAGCCCCACAUUUGUUUUGAAUAAAUUGGCAAAUAUACAGCAAAAUAUUCCGUUUAGCUUCGUAAUUAAGUUGAUUUGUACUGCAAAUUUAAUAACUGUAAAACAGAAUAUAGAUUUAAUGAAAGCAUGCCAACUCGGUGUAUGAAGCUGCUGUAACUAUUUGUAUUGUUCCCGUCACUGCUUCUUAUAAAGUCGCCGUUCCAAAUGGACACUGUAAAUAAUAUCAGACAGGCCCAAUGAUUCAUACCCUGUUUGGAUUCAAAGUUAUUUGUUGAAUGAGUAUCUUCUGCCUGGAAAUGACACGAUACAGCAGAAAUUAAUUUUAAGCAGCUGCGUUUCAGUCCUUUAUAUUUUGACAAAAAUUUUUUUUUUGCCAUUCUAAAAGAUCCUCAUUACUUGGAAUGUCAUCGACAUCAUUUUAAUCCAACACAAGACCGUUUUUUUUUUUUUUUUUUUUGGUAUAUUGAGGUUCACAUUCCAAGAACAAACUUGGUACAUUUCCUGAAGACUGUAAAUUGUUCAGCUGUGAAUGUAAGUGUGAAUUGUCCAAGUCAGCUUCUGCUUCCCCUUCGACCUAGAAUGGAUUGAUGAAUAAUUUUGGUCAACAUGAUUAAUUCAUCCAAAUUAAUAUCUUUUGACAAAACUUCAUUCAGCCAAUUUUCUUGUGUCAAUCCAGCCAGAAGAUAACUAUUUAUUUUGUCAAAAGUGUGAUUAAUUCUGGGCUCAAGUGUAUCCUUAGUAGUAGACGUCCCGGUAAACGUUUAUUUAAUUCAUUCGGUGUAACGGAAUAAUAUAUCAACUCGUGCGUUGUGCUGUAAACGAGAAGGAGACGCAUUUUCCUGACAUGGCUGAUUGAAAACGGACUGUUGUAAAAAACCAGCACAAGACGACACAGUAACUUCUUUCUGAAUGUAUUUAAGGUAGAUGUUGAGAUUCCAUUCCCUUAGUUAGUUCUUUUAUUUUUCCCCGUUGUCAUUUCCCCCAAAAGUAGUGACGUCCCCCCCCGGGCACAUGCAUCGACGCUCUCGUCAAUACUUUGUAGCAGUCUGCUUAUAAUUUGUCAGGUGACUGUCAAGACGGUGGAAUUAAAAAGUCGAAGGUGUAAAAUACAGAGUGCAUUAUAUUGUGUCAGUGUGUGUAUUCAAUCCUAAAAAA